AUGAUGAAAUAUACAUUAAUUCAAGUCGUUUUUAUUCUGCUAACGACGACAACUAUCGUCAUUAGUGAAGAAAAUAAUAAUGAAAAUCCAAUUGCCCUACUUGUUAAUAACGAUCAACCAAAAGUAAAUAUAACAUGUUUAUGUACUGAUGAUGAAGAAUGCGAUCAAAAUUCUCAUACUUGUCGACUUACUGAAUCCUAUCAUACAUGCUAUGCAAGUUGGGCAUUGGAACAAAGUGAUGGUUUAGUACAUUAUACAGCUGGAUGUAUGCAUAAUGAAUAUUUGUUUACACGAUUAAUGUGUAGCUUAAAUAAAACAGAUCGUUAUAUUAUCUGUUGUUCUCAACGUAAUGAGUGUAAUGAUCUUGAUGCUUAUUCGAAAGAAAUUCGUCAAGCAUUAUUAUCUCCAUUAUCACCAAAUAUUUUAGCAUCACAUCAACCUCCGAAUAGUUAUUCAACAUUAAUAAUAAUUAUUAUUACGUCAACAUUGGGUGUACUUGUAUGUAUUGGAGUAUUUAUAAUUAUAUAUAUUAAACAAAAAGGUUUAAUAAAUAAUCGAGCAGCUUUUCAUACGAAAAAAUUUGCUUAUGUUGAUGACAAUAAGAAACAAAAUCUAUUUCAACGUUUCUUAAAAUGUUUUUAUUGUCGAGACCGAUUAAGCCGAAUUAAUGAUGGUUGUAUACCAUCUGAUCAAUCAUUAACAGGUCUUCUCGAUGAAUUAUCAACAAGUACAAUGGGACCAGCUCUUCCUCUAUUAAUGCAGCGUACACUUGCAAGAGAAAUAACUUUAGAAGAAGUUGUUGGUGCCGGUCGUUAUGGUAGUGUUCAUCGAGGAAAAUGGCGUGAAGAUCAUGUUGCAGUUAAAAUCUUUUCGGCAAAUGAUGAACGUUCAUGGUUUCGAGAAAUUGAAAUUUAUCAAACUGUUUGUUUAAGACAUGAAAAUCUUCUUGGUUAUAUUGCCGCCGAUAAUAUGGAUGCAUCAACAUAUACUCAACUUUGGCUUGUUACUGAAUAUCAUGAAAAUGGAUCACUUUAUGAUUAUCUUAUGACUCAUACAAUAACAAUACCUACAUUAAUAAAGAUGAUGUUAAGUAUUGCUAGUGGUCUUUGUCAUUUACAUAUGCCGAUUGAUUCAACAAAUGGCAAAGUUGCACUUGCUCAUCGUGAUUUAAAAACGAAGAAUAUUUUAGUCAAAAAAGAUUUAUCUUGUUGUAUAGCAGAUUUAGGUCUUGCUGUAAAAGAAGUUCGAUGUAAACCUAAAUCUCGAAAAGAUUUAUUACUUGCUAAUGCAUCCGAUCAAGAACAUGUUGUUAUUGACAUUCAAGCAAAUAAUCGUGUGGGUACCAUACGUUAUAUGGCACCAGAAGUUCUCGAUGGAACAUUGAAUGAUCGUAAUUUUGAAUCAUUUAAAGCGGCCGAUAUCUACGCAUUAGGUCUUGUCUACUGGGAAAUAUUACGAAGAUGCCAAAUAAGCUCAACUGAAAAUGAUGCAGAAAAAUAUCAAGUACCUUAUGAAGAUGUUUCACAGGGUAAUCCUAAUGCUGAUCAAAUGCGAGAUAUUGUAUGUGUGAAAAAACAUCGACCACCAAUAUCAGAACGAUGGACAACUCAUCCGAUUGUUCGUCCAUUGGUUCAAUUAUGUGAAGAAUUAUGGAUUGAAGAUCCAACAUGUCGUCUUAAUAGUCUUAAUAUUAAAAAACAACUUAAAAAACAAUUAGAAUUAUUAGAAAAUGAUUUAUCAUAUAUAAAUAUUGAAUCGCAACAACAAUCGACACAAAAUAAUGGUCCUUGGACAGCUUAA